AUUGUACUGCAGUUGCGCGCGGCACAAUAUUGUUACCGUUGGUGACGCUAUUUGUAAAGAAAGAAGGAAGGAUGGAGAACAUAUAAAAAGAGAGAUGGAGGAGAGCCUUACAUUUAGCCUCCACUUAAGCAAAUGUUAUUCGGUUAAAAGCUAACCUACGCGCGUAGCUAUAGUUGUAGUUUUGGGACCCGGAGGGUAGACUAACGUUAGCUAGUCAACAUCACCCUAUGUGCUCUUCCUUCCCCGCCGCAUGCUGCUACAGUCAGAGCCAGACAACAAAAUAGCUAAUCGCCAUUAUAUGACCCAGUACCUAGCGUCAGUAUUGCCCUCCAUGUGGGUGAGAGGCUUGUGUGUGUCAGAUUAUGGCGAGAAAAACAGUUAACAGGAAAAGGAAGGCAGGGGAGUCCAAGGACCAACAACAGGUGGGCUGGUGCCAGUCUGCAUACAAGCGGGCACGCGUGUCUUCCUCGUCCCGGCAUGCCCAGCAGUGGUGGCGUAGUCUGCGCUCGGUGGUGUACGCACUCCAGGGCCGUGAGAUCCGGCCUCAGCAGCAGCAUGAGUGGCGUCUCCAGCGUAGCUUGCGGGGCUUUGCUGCCGGCCGCCUCCCGGGCAUCCUGAAGGAGCGGGAGUUCUCCCUGGGCCGCCUCAACAAGGUAUUCGCCUCGCAGUGGCUCAAUCACCGCCAGGUGGUGUGUGGAACCAAGUGCAAUACGCUAUUUGUGGCAGAUGUUCUGACAGGGAAGAUUACACGCAUCCCCAUGCUGAAGGACCGGCAGGGCCAAGGAGGUGGCUCCGGGGGUGUUGGGGGGACAAUAGGGGCCCCCUUCCUCGGAAGUGGCUCAGUGUCCGGGCUGGAUCAGCAAGGCUGUGGGAUCCACGCCAUCGAGCUUAACCCCUCAGGCACUCUACUGGCCACGGGCGGAGACAACCCCAACAGCCUGGCUGUCUACCGUCUGCCCACCCUGGACCCCGUCUGCGUGGGAGAUGAUGGCCAUAAUGACUGGAUCUUCUCCAUUGCAUGGAUCAGCGACAGCAUGGCGGUGUCUGGGUCCCGGGACGGUUCCAUGGGACUGUGGGAGGUGUCCGAGGGGGUGCUGAGCCAGGCUAUGAGACAGCAGGAUGAGGAGGGGGUCCCCUGCUACUCUCAUAUCUCCCACCGUGCCCUGGAGGACAUCCCCAAGGAAUACACUAACCCGUACAACUGCAAAGUGAGGGCCCUGGCCUUCAACAACAACCACAAGGAGCUUGGUGCAGUGUCCCUGGAUGGCUAUUUUCACCUUUGGAAGGCAGAGCAAAACUUGAGCAAGCUGCUGUCAACAAAGCUGCCUCACUGCAAAGAGAAUGUGUGUCUGGCGUAUGGUCAGGACUGGUCGGUGUACGCAGUGGGCUCUCAGGCCCAUGUGUCCUUCCUGGACCCCCGCCAGCCCACUCACAACAUCAAAUCAGUCAGUUCCCGGGAGAGAGGAAGUGAGGCAACACGAGGCAUCCGCUCUGUGAGUUUCUAUGAGCACAUAGUGACAGUGGGCACGGGACAGGGCUCCCUGCUGUUCUAUGAUAUUAGAGCCCAGAGGUUCUUGGAGGACCCUUCCAGCCCGGCCGGCGGGUUCCGGCAGCGCCCAGGAGAGGGCAUUCUUAAACUCACCACAGGGAAGGGCUGGCUGAAUCACGACGAGACGUGGAGGAGCUACUUCUCGGACAUUAACUCGUUCCCCAACGCUGUGUACACACACUGCUACGACGAUUCUGGCACCAAGCUGUUUGUGGCCGGCGGACCGCUGUGCUCGGGCCUUCACGGCAACUACGCAGGACUCUGGAGCUAGCCUUCUCUCGUGUCUCGCCAUCUCUCCUUACCCCACCCCAGUCCCCCUCUUUGCUCCUCCUUUUGGUGUUACACUCACUGUCAUCCCUUCAGUGUUGUCCGUCCCUCCCCUCACCAACAUGUAUCUCAUCACCAUCUCUUUGUUGCAUCCCUCCAUCCUCCCUUGCACUUUGUCCUGUCUUCUUUCAGUUCCCUAUUCUCUGCUCCCCUUUUGUUUUAUAUAUAUAUAUAUAUAUAUAUAUAUAUAUUGAUGAUUAACCAGUGAUGUUGUAAAAAAAGGGGUAUGAUAAAAGAGGACAAUAGGUUCUUAGGAUGGAACAAACAGGAGAAUACUUACACUUUUCUAAGAAACUUAGAGAGGACAUGCUCAUUGGCUGGUACUGGGCCACCCUGUGCCAUGGCAACUAAAGAGCCGCAGCGAUGGAAAAACUAUCCAAUCAGACGUAAGGUGAGAAGAAGCAGUGGAUGAGUACAACCAAUCAGAUAGCGCCGGCCACUUCUUUUUUUGACUGAUGUGAAGGAGGGAUGACUGUAGAUUCUAAAUGCCACAUAGGUGUUCUGCUCUGAAAUAAUCAUGGAGACUGCUUAUUUUAUUUAGAUUCUGACUGAUUUGAAAAACUUAGUUGUUAUUAGCUUUAUUAUUUAUUCCCCCCCCCCUCUCAUGAUCACCCUUAGCUAUGGUCUUAGGCAGGGGUAUUCAACACCAGUCCCGUGCGGAACGCAGUGUCUUCUGGUUCUUCCCCCAGUUAGUGGUCUGGUCAUGGCAGUGGUUGUCCAGGGAUUCCCUUUGACUUUUGAUAGGCCACGUGGAGUUGUUGGCCUUUUGCUGAGACAUUCCCAAUAGUAACGGGUCUGGGCCCGGUUUCCCCAAUGUAUCUUAAGGCUUGGUUCGUUGUUUGAACCUACGUAGGAGCAUUGUUAAAUGUCCGACCUGUUUCCCAAAACCAUCGUUACUGAAGUUGCACUGGAAAAGGGUAGUUAUUUAACGACAACUCAUAGAACAGCAAAGUGCGUCUUUUUAAAAGUUUUUUUUUUGCCCUUCCGCGUCACUUCUUUAUACACAGAUCUCCGCUCAACACAAAAUCAAGAUGUUUCUGUCUUUCUGUUACCACUGAUAACUUCAGAACUAAUGUGACUACAAAUACAAAGUUGCCAAUGUCUUUGCAAUUGUUACCAACAAGUGAAGGAUAUAAGAUUCUUCAAACGAAAACCGAGAUGUCGGAGUUAAAUGAUAAAUAUAUUAGGCUACAUAUAGACCUAUAUAUUGAAAUACAUUUCUUAUCAAUUGAGUUUGGCUAUUUAUAUGCUACUUUACAUUUUCUGCCUCAAUAGAUUUAAUGUGUAGUCUACAUUAGCGCAAUGAUUUCAAUAAGUAUUUUAUUUUUGGUACCUUUACCCCUUUUUCUCCCCCAAUUUCAUGAUAUCCAAUUGGUAGUUAGUCUUGCCCCAUCGCUGCAACUUCCACUACGGACUCGUGAGAGACUAAGGUCGAGAGCCAUGCGUCCUCCGAAACACGACCCUGCCAAGCCGCACUGCUUCUUGACACACUGCUCACUUAACCCGGAAGCCAACCGCACCAAUAUGUCGGAGGAAACACUGUUCAGCUGACGACUGAAGUCGGCUUGCAGGCACCCAGCCCACCACAAGGAGUCGAUGGAGUGCGAUGGGACAAGGAAAUCCCGUCCGGCCUAACCCUACCCUAACCCGGACGAUGAUGGGCCAAUUGUGCGCCACCUCAUUGGUCUCCCGGUCACGGCCGGCUGUGACACAGCCUGGGAUCAAACCCGGAUCUCUAGUGUUGCCUCAAGCACUGCGAUGCAGUGCUUUAGACCACUGCACCACUUGGGAGGCCCAUGAUUUCAAAUCUUGAUUUAGUGCAUUAUAGGGUAAGCAUUAGAAUAAGCCUCAAUGUUUGUAGCCAUAGGUGAUCUCUAAUAGGAGCUCAUCCAUUGUCAGUAUUGUGGAAUAAUUUGAAUGGUAUGAUUUGAAAGGGAGAACGCUGAUCCGAGAACAGCGCCCUCUUUAUUUAGAUCAUAUCCGUAUCAACACAUGUUAUAUCUUUGGCUGUUUUGUAGGAAAGCUGCAUCGUUAAAACAUUAUGUUCCAUUGCUAUUGGGAAACCUGGCCCUGGACAAGUGCAUAGGGAUUAGGGGUUAGAGUUGAUUACCUCUUGAGGCACCAUCAUUUUUGUCAGUUCUUUCUAUACUUUGUUUUUGUAUGUGUCAAGGGAUGAGUGUAGCUUCUCUUUUCCUUGUGUGAAGGACAGUGUAGAUUUGAGUUAAUUUGUUGCCUUUCUCUAGUCUUUCUGUGAAAGACUGUUCCAUGCUGACAUUAUUUAGCUUUUUUACAUGGAACUUUUCUUAAGUGUUCAUGAUCAUGCGAGAACAAAAACGAGACCCCAAUUAUGACUAAGUUGAACAAAUAAAUAACCAUCACUUUUAAAGAGUGUUUGAGAUAUGUGUGUGAAAUGCAUAGGGUCAAAUGCAUACAUUUUUAUGUAUAUGUUUGAGGUGUGUGGACUGACCUUUGCCUUUACUUUGGUGGUGACCUAUUUUAUACACACCUCGUGAAUGUUUUUUUGUUUUUUUUACAAAUGACUAAACCUGAGGAUAUUGUAUGAUAUCAACAACAGCCAAAACACCAUAUUAAAUCUUCAAAGAAAAUAAUGAUACAAAUAAAGUAUAUUGAUGUAGUAUUUAUCUUAUUUCA